AUGGGAAAGAUACGGGCAAGAGUAUCUAAAGUUUGUGACUUUUGCAAAAAGAGAAAAGUUAAAUGUGAUUUGGGUAACCCUUGCUCAACAUGUGUCAAGUACAAAAGAAGUCCUUGUGUUUAUUCUGAGCUAUUGGGUAAUGAAGAUGACGUCGAUGAAGAACCACUAAGAAAGUAUACCACCAGACAAAAGAGUAACGAUGGAAUUGACGAAAGAAUGAACCACCACGGUUCCCUUUUUACACCAAGGUCUGCGUCCCUCGAUGGGCCAGCACAAGCAAAUGGGGCUGUGUCAAAGCCAUUGACACCAGAUGGUACAAGCAUUGACAUGGUCCAUGACGAAUUGUCAUUCCUCAAACUGAAAUUACAAUCUUUGGAACAACAAUUGAACACUCAGCCCCCACUACAUAAAACAUCGGAAGUACAAGACUCGAUGCGACUGAAGCUGCUGAUGCAGCAGCUGCUGCCGCUGCUACAUGGUCCAUUCACACAAACAUCCGACGGUAGAAUCAGUGCUUUUUCCCCUUCCAAUCCCAUAUUAUCUCUGGUAGAUCCAAUAGAUCUUUUUGGUUUCAACCCAAUCGAAUCUGAAAACGAAUGGAUCAAUUUUACUGCCGGUUACAAUCCCAUACUUAAUAGAGAGCCAGUUUGCAGAAAGCAUUAUGGCCCUUUAUCGUGGGUGUCGUUGUUGAAAAUUGAUAAUGCAGUCGCUGCUGUUUGGACCCAAAUGGAACAUUUAAAGAAACAGUACAAGGUAAAAGUCGGUACCCAUUUCAUUCCUCCUGGUGAGAAUGCAACGCAAGCUGAAAAGGACUUUUCAGAAAAGGCAUAUAAAGACGAUGGGGAGCAUGACGUUAAACUAUUCAGGGAGACGGAGGUCAAAGCAGGCCCCAAAAGAGUUGUUACUCAAGAACAGUUGAAUGAAAAGGCCAAAUCACUAGGUUUGUCAUUUUAUAAAGGAGGAUUGGACGAGGAGUUGGAAUUGGUAGAGAAAAUAAGAUUGGUGUUGCCGAAACAAAAUGUGAUAUGGAGGUUGUACACGAGAUUCUUCACUCACUUGUAUGUUGCCAUACCCUUGUUAGAUGAGGUUGCCUUGAAAGAGCAAGUGGAGCGACUUAUAGGUCCAGAAGACUACCAAGAUGUCAAGGUGCCCGUUAAAGUCGAAAAGAAAUUGGAUUUUGCCUACUUGGGUCUAUUGUUGAUUGUGAUUCGGUUUAGCUAUGUGUCACUUUUCUCACACGACUCAACCAUCAAUGAGAUAAAUUUUCAAACAAACAAUCCAGAACCAAAAGCUCAACAAAUCAAGUUUUUGUUGAAUAACCCAAUUGAUAUUGAUGUUAUUGAUGUGGCACAGCUAUGCUUGAACCAAUUUGACAUGAUGAGGUGUGCAAACAUGGCAAUAUUGCAAUUGGCGGUAAUGACGAGACUUUACCACUUGUAUGCACCAGAGUUGGGUGAUGGUGUUGAUGGUGGGAAUGCAUUGAUAUUCAAUGCCACACUAAUCCAGAUGGCAAAAUCAUUGGGUCUUCAUCGUGAUCCCGAGUUGUUCCCCGAUGCAUUCAAGGAUCCAAAACAAAACAACUUGGCAAGAAAGAUUUGGUACUAUAUCUUGGUUUUGGAGUUUAACAAUGCCAUGAAUGAAGGAACUACCGUGACAGCAAGUUUUGAUUCCUUUGACACCAAACCUCCGGUUUAUGUACCUGGUUGUGAAAAUGUUCAAGAUGCAGAAAUGGAAAAGAUUGCAUGUUCGUGUUUCCCAAGUUUUGACUAUACUUACGAACCCAUGAGUGAAAUGUUUUCCUCGGUGUUUAAAGUUAGAGGCGAAGUGAAUAUGGUCGACUUGAUUAGAAGGAUGAAUUUUAUGGAGUCUCACUUCAAUGAGCAAUAUAAUGAUGUUCCAAAACUUUAUACCACAGCUCCUCGCGACGUCUCAAACGAGGCUAUGCCAAGUAUCCUCAGGUUGAAGAUCUACUUUACUUGUACUUUCCUCAUUGCAUCAAUGCAUUUCCACAUAUUCAACUACUACGAAAGAAAAAGAAACUUAAACUUGGCUUACUUUUAUAUCAAAAAGAUUGUGCUGAUGAUUGUUUACGAUGUGAUGCCCUGUUUUGUUGAAUGCAUUCGACACAAGAAAAAUGCGUUCAAAAAUGCAGCUGAUUUAAUGGCUAGCCCCAGUUUCAUCACUGUUGCUCACAAGUCGUUGAUUGUGUUGUUUUCAUUUCACCUUAGGCUCCGGUAUUGGAUCCAUGAUUUACAAAAGAGAUAUGACCACAGUACAAGAAUGAGACUGUAUGAUCCUGCUGAUGAAAUUUACAAGGGCAAUUUCCAAAAAUUGGUACGUUUGGCUGAUUUGGUGGAUAAAUGUAUGAGUCAUUUCCGUGAUGGUGUUGCACGGUUAUCGCAACGGUAUUAUUAUGCUUGGCGGGUGACAAAAGCGCAAAAUUUUCUUAAGCAACUGUUAAAUGACAAGUUUUUUGAAACAUACCAGCCAACAUUCUCUCCACAGCCGCUUAAUUCCCAGAUGUUGGAUCAAUUUGAACACCUUUUUGAAGUUUCAUUGAGUAAAGUUGAGCAAAGUAGAAACCAACGCAAAAUGGAGAAAAGACGUGCACUGACGACCACCACCAAUGAGCCAAGACAACAAGAUUGCGAUAAUGUAUCUAUGGAGGAGGAGUUGGAAAACAAUGUCAAUUCAUUCAUCAAUGGUAAUGUCAAUUUGAGAAAUCAUGACAACUCAGUUAGUUCAACUGGAUCAACUACAUCUGAUAGCGAGUACAAACCCAAUGAACAAGUCGAUACCAUUUGGUUACAGAUGAUGAAUAUGAAGAAUAACGAGGAUCCUUUUAGUAGAUUCAAUGAUCCAGGCACGAUGAACCUGAUGUAUGGAGCCACACCUGGUUUUCUCAGUCAAAUGGAUGGUGAAAGUGGCGCUGGUGUUGCUUUCAGUCCUGGUGUUCUUGGUGGACUUUCAGGAACAAGUUUCUCGGCAGCUGGAGGUUCCGCGGGUGUUGGUGGUACUGGAGGUGGCGUAUUCAAUUCAUUUGAAUUGAAUCAUGGAGAGAUGUUUGAGAAUUUCCCCAUUGAUGAACUUUUCAAGGAUUUCCUUUGA